GCUCGGAGCAUUUCGACACAACUCUACACACGCACGGCUGACUUUUGCCAAAUACUAUAAUAAACAAUUUGUUGAUAAAAUAAAAUGACAAAUAAGAGAUUUUAUGAUACGUUAAGUGAAAAACUAAAGGCUAUGUAAAAGAGAUUACUGCUGUUAAAUAAAAUCAAAUCAUCAAUACACGCGCACAAAGCCCAGCUCCACCUGAUAUCAGUGUGGAAGACGACUAGACAACAACAAAAUGGUCGAUCCCCUGUGCAAUUAUAAUGUAUUGGAGGCAAUAUUUUCAUAUUUGGAGCUCAGUGACUUAAGUCGCUGUUCCCAAGUCUGCAAAAGCUGGUAUCACUUUCUGAACGAUGAGAACAGUGAUGUUUGGCGUUGGCACUGCCUGCGGAAACUUCCCAAAGAGUCUAUUAAAUCCGAUCUGUUGGCCUCCGUUACCACAUACAAGACAAAGCUGCGCGCGUACCUGCACGCUUGGAAUCCCAACGAUUGUUCACGGAACGUUUACAUUAAGCCAAACGGAUUCACUCUGCAUCGAAAUCCGGUAGCACAAAGCACAGAUGCUGCAAGGGCGAAAAUCGGAUUUCGUCAAGGCCGUCAUGCAUGGGAAGUGAUUUGGGAGGGUCCAUUGGGGACCGUGGCCGUAAUUGGUAUAUCCACCAAGGAGGCAGCUUUGCAGUGUCAUGGCUAUGUAGCAUUACUUGGAUCUGAUGAUCAAAGCUGGGGCUGGAACCUAGUUGAGAAUCAUCUACUGCACAACGGUGAUAUGCAGGGCAAUUAUCCGUUAUUAAACAAUGCACCUAAAUACCAGGUGGGCGAAAGGAUACGCGUUAUACUCGACUGCGAUGAUAAUACACUAUCCUUUGAGAAGAAUUAUGAAUUCCUAGGAGUCGCAUUUAGAGGUCUGCCAGCUAAGAAGCUUUAUCCUACGGUAUCUGCUGUCUAUGGCAACACAGAAGUGUCUAUGGUCUAUUUAGGGACCCCAUUGGAUGGAUAACUCUAUGAGAUUAGAGCUGAAGCCUUACUGCCGUAUAAUUUGUAAAAUAAGUGCAGAUAAAAAAUGAUUAGUUUUGUAUA